AUGGAAUCAAUUCUUGAUUUUAGUGCUGAUCUUGAUAUCAGUGUAUUCGAUCUGGUUGUAGAGACUUUUUAUAAGGGCUCAGGUUUGGACCAACAAAUGGCUCAAACUCUUUUGAAUCAAUUUCAGGAGCAUCCAGAAUCUUGGAAGAGAUCGGACCAAAUUUUAUCUAGUUCAAGUAAUCCUCAAUCAAAGUACAUUGCGUUAUCAUGCUUGAAUAAGCUAAUUCAAUAUCGCUGGAGGACAGUUCCUGAGAACGAGAGGAUUGGUAUCAGAAAUUUUAUCGUAAACAUGAUUAUUUCGCUCUGCGAUAAUGAAGAGGUUUUUGAAACGCAAAAGGCUCUCAUUAAUAAGAUUGAUUUAACUUUGGUAUCUAUUUUGAAACAGGAAUGGCCACAUAAUUGGCCACAGUUCAUACCUGAAAUUCUGAUGAGCUCAAGAUCUAGUUUCAAUGUCUGCGAAAACAAUAUGAUUAUUUUGAAAUUACUAAGUGAAGAAGUCUUCGAUUUCGGUCAAGAACAACUAACUCAAGCAAAAGCAAAACAAUUGAAAUUGAGCAUGAAGGCUGAAUUUGAAGAAAUAUUCAAAUUAUGUUAUGAAGUCCUAGAUAAAACAUCGAAGUCCUCCCUAAUCAUUGCCACGCUAAAUGCAUUGCUAAAAUAUAUUCACUGGAUCCCUAUCAAUUAUAUUUUCCAAACAGACUUACUCAAUAUGUUGUCAACCAAAUUCUUAAAUCCAGUUGACACGAGAAGUAUAACAUUAAAAUGCUUGACAGAAGUUUCAAGCUUACAUUCUGCUGAGAAUGAAGAAAAGUUCAUCUUGACUUUCAAGAAUACUAUGGAGCAAAUUUAUUUGAUCAUACCUGCAAGCUCAAAUUUAAUAGAAUCUUACAGGCUCGCUAGUUCUAAUGAUCAAUCUUUUUUGCAGGAUUUGGCAAUGUUCUUGUGUACAUUUCUAAGUAAUCAUCUUUUACCUUUAGAGCAGAGUGAGGCUUUAAGAGAAUUGCUUUUGAAUUCUUUGUUUUACUUGAUAGAAUUAUCUCGAAUUGACGAAAGGGAACUUUUUAAAACGUGCUUGGAUUUUUGGAGCGGGUUUGUUUAUGGUUUAUUUGAAGAAAUUCAAAAUCUUCCUCAGAACGAAUUGAGUCCUUUGAUGCAAUUAAGCUAUUCAAGUUCAUUGAGAGCUACAUCUGGAGGUGCACCAGAUCCUGCAGUUUUGGCAAAGUUUCCAUUGAGAGAACAUAUGUACUCAGGUGUUCUAUCUAAAUUAAGGCUCGUCAUGAUUGAGAAAAUGGUAAGGCCAGAAGAGGUCUUAAUCGUUGAAAAUGACGAAGGCGAAAUUGUUAGAGAAUUCGUGAAGGAAAGUGACACCAUUCAGUUAUACAAAUCAAUGAGGGAAGUUUUAGUCUAUUUGACCCACUUGAACGUUGUCGAUACGGAGAAAAUCAUGAGUGAGAAGUUAUCGAGACAAAUUGACGAAUCAGAAUGGUCAUGGCAUAAUAUCAAUACAUUAUGCUGGGCCAUUGGAUCUAUUUCAGGUACUAUGAAUGAAGACAUGGAGAAGGGUUUUCUCGUAUCAGUCAUCAAAGAUCUAUUAUCAUUAACAGAAAUGAAGAGGGGAAAGGAUAAUAAAGCUGUUGUAGCAUCUAAUAUCAUGUAUAUCGUUGGUCAGUAUCCGCGAUUUUUGAAGGCGCAUUGGAAGUUUUUGAAAACCGUUGUUAAUAAGCUUUUCGAGUUUAUGCAUGAAACCCAUGAAGGUGUUCAGGAUAUGGCUUGUGAUACUUUUAUUAAAAUUACUACAAAGUGUAAGAAACAUUUCGUAGUUGUUCAGGCCCAGGAAAAAGAACCUUUCAUCAACGAGAUAAUAAGAAAUAUCCAAAGUAUUACCGAGGAUUUAGAAGCUCAGCAAGUGCAUACAUUCUAUGAAGCCUGUGGUAUCAUAGUCAGUGCUCAAUCUUCUAAAGAGCCUAGAGAUAAAUUGUUGAAUGAACUAAUGGCGUUACCCAAUAUGGCAUGGAGCGCCAUUAUAGACCAAGCAGGUAAGGAUCCAGAAUUAUUAACUAAUACUGAGACCGUGAAGAUUAUAGCAAAUAUUAUAAAAACUAACGUUGCUGUUUGUAAAGCCUUGGGUCCUGGGUUUUAUUCUCAAUUGGGAUUAAUGUAUGUUGACAUGUUAUCUUUGUAUAAAGCUGUUUCUUCUAUGAUUUCAGAUCAAGUUGUAAAAGAUGGGUUAAUUGCAACCAAAACACCAAAAGUUAGAGGCUUGAGAACAAUUAAAAAAGAAAUAUUAAAAAUGAUCGAAACAUAUAUUAAUAAGGCUGAUAAUUUGGAUGAAAUAGUUAGAGACUUAGCUGAACCUUUGUUUGCUGCUGUGUUGGAGGAUUACAAAUCUAAUGUCACUGAUGCGAGAGACGCUGAAGUGUUGAAUUGCAUGACAGCACUUGUUGCUAAGGUUGGUCAUAUGAUUCCUGAGGGAGUAGUUUUAAUUUUGCAGAAUGUCUUCGAAUGUACUUUGGAUAUGAUUAAGAAUGAUUUCGUUGAAUAUCCGGAACACCGCGUCGAGUUUUACAAGCUCUUGAAAGAAAUUAACGCUAGAUCAUUCCAAGCAUUAUUGCAAUUGUCAGGAGAUGCCUUUCAAUCUUUGAUCAAUGCCGCUCUCUGGGCUUUCAAGCAUAACAAUAGAGAUGUGGAAGAUAAUGGAUUGGCAUUAGCUUUGGAAUUAAUUGAGAACGUUGAAAAGCUAGGGGACACGCCGUUUACAAAAGCAUUUUACGAGAAUUUUUAUUUCCAGAUUCUUUCAGAAACCUUUUAUGUUUUAACACAGCCUGACCACAAAUCUGGUUUUAGAUAUCAAACGCAAUUGCUAGCACAGUUGAUUCAUUUAGUGCAAGAUAAUGUGAUAAAAGAGCCGCUAUAUACGCCAGAUCAAGCACCUGAAGGAACUUCAAACUCAGACUAUUUAAAGCAGUAUUUAGGUCUGCUCUUGUCAUCUGCAUUCGGCAACUUGCAAGAGGAGCAGCUCAUCAACUUCUUAAACGUAUUAACGUCCGUAUAUACUGACUUGAAUAAGUUCAAGGCUACGUUAGGGGACUUUUUGAUUCAAAUCAAGGAGUUUGGCGGCGACCCCACAGAUUACUUGUUUGCAGAAGAUAAAGAGUUGGAAAAGCAAGAGCAAUCAAGGAUCCAAAGGGAAAAAGAUUUACAAGUUGGAGGUUUGAUUAAACCAUCCGAAAUGGAUGACUAG